UUGCAGUUCAAAGCACUCGCGCGUUCUGAGGAUUGUACUUGGAGACUGGAGAGGAGCACUUUACCGUUUCAUCCUGCAGAGUUGAAAACAAACUCGAACCCACCUGGCUUGUUUUCGCCCUUUCAAGUGCGGAACCGCUUGCAGAACACGCAUUCAUCCUAGGAGUCGGUCACAAACUCGUGCGUAAAGACACUCGCGCGCCAUAUCGGUUUUACUCACCGGAGCAAACAAAAAAAACAAAAAAGAGAAUCUGAUUUCUGUGUACUUCUCUCGUUUGAAAGACUUUGAUCAAACUCAUCCUGGGAAGGUAGAGUCUAUUUGGAGACUUUUCUUCUCGCGAGAAAAGCAGAAAUAAUUCUCCCGUUUCACUCGUAAUUUGGCACCAAACAGUUUUUCGCAUGAAUCUCCUCGACCCUUACCUGAAGAUGACGGAGGAACAAGACAAGUGUCUAUCCGACGCCCCGAGCCCGAGCAUGUCCGACGACUCCGCGGGCUCCCCGUGUCCGUCCAUUUCGGGUUCGGACACCGAGAACACCCGGCCAUCGGAGAACGGGCUGCUUGGCGUGGACGGAGAGUUCAAGAAAGACGAGGAUGAUAAGUUCCCCGCUUGCAUCCGCGAUGCUGUGUCCCAGGUGCUCAAGGGCUACGACUGGACCCUCGUGCCUAUGCCCGUGCGCGUUAACGGGUCUUCUAAGAACAAGCCUCACGUUAAGAGACCGAUGAAUGCCUUCAUGGUGUGGGCUCAGGCGGCGCGUAGGAAGCUGGCGAAUCAGUACCCACAUCUGCACAACGCGGAGCUCAGCAAAACUCUGGGAAAACUCUGGAGACUUCUCAACGAAGGGGAGAAGCGGCCGUUUGUGGAGGAGGCUGAGCGGCUCCGGGUGCAGCACAAGAAGGAUCACCCAGACUACAAAUACCAGCCCCGGCGGAGGAAGUCGGUGAAGAACGGGCAGAGCGAGUCAGAGGACGGCAGCGAGCAGACGCACAUUUCCCCCAAUGCCAUCUUCAAAGCUCUGCAGCAGGCGGACUCCCCGGCCUCCAGCAUGGGAGAGGUGCACUCUCCGGGUGAGCACUCAGGCUCCCAAGGGCCCCCUACUCCCCCCACCACCCCAAAGACAGACAUCAGCGCAGGCAAAAUGGACCUGAAGCGUGAAGGCGGCCUCCGCUCUCUGCCAGACGGCCCCGGCGGGCGUCAGCUCAACAUCGACUUCCGCGACGUAGACAUCGGCGAGCUGAGCAGCGACGUCAUUUCCCACAUCGAGACCUUUGACGUCAACGAGUUCGACCAGUACCUGCCGCCCAACGGGCACCCCGGCGUUGCCAGCAACCCCGCGCCGGUCACCUAUACCGGCAGCUACAGCAUCAGUGGUGGCGGGGCGCCAGUCAGCCCGCAGGCAGGAGCGGCUGCAGCGUGGUUGGCUAAAAGCCAGAACCAGCCAGGGCAGCAGCAGCAGCACACUCUGACCCCGCUGGGGGGUGCAGGCUCAGAGGCAACUCAGGCCCAGCACCGGACCCAGAUCAAGACGGAGCAGCUUAGCCCGAGCCACUACACCGAGCAGCAACAGGGCUCGCCGCAGCACGCCACCUACAGCCCCUUCAAUCUGCAGCACUACAGCCCCCCCCAGCCUUCCUCCUACCCGGCCAUCACCAGGGCACAGCAGUACGACUACUCCGACCACCAGGGGGGCGCCACCGCAUCCUACUACAGCCACGCGGGGGCGGGCCAGGGCUCGGGGCUCUACUCGACUUUCAGCUACAUGAGCAGCGGCAGCCAGAGGCCCAUGUACACGCCCAUCGCCGACAACACGGGGGUGCCCUCCAUUCCUCCGAGCAGCCCGCAGCACUGGGAGCAGGCGCCGGUUUACACCCAGCUCACCAGACCCUGAGCCCCCCCACCAGACGCAUUCAGAGACAACAGAUAUGUACAGCCACACAGAUCUGACAAACACACUCCGAAACACUUUACGGGGAGAGUUUUCCUCCUCCAAGGAUCGCCCUGAAUCAGACACUUGAAUAUGAAGAAGAGGAGAGCUGGACUUGUGAUUGGCUCACGUCGUGCCUUGCUAUUGUACCUUGAUAGAAACUAUAUAUAUAUAUAUAUAUAUAUAUAUAUAUAUAUAUUUUGAGAGAGAUGAAGAGACUUAGGAAAAAUCCUCCGUGAGGACUCAUCGAUUGUUGAUAUUUCUGUAGGUACUGUGUAUGUUUCUUUUCAAUUUAUUUCUUCAUACGCUGGCAGUUUGUAACCCAUGGGGGGAGGGGGGUAGUGGGUAGUUUCAUGUACCUGUAGAUAUCAAACAAAAAGCUCUAUAUUUUAAACAGUUCGGCAACUAACCACUCAUGGUGGUGCCGUAAACCAUUUCUUCUGUUCCUAUCAUUUCAUACACAGAUCUCUGUUGGUAUUUUGUUGUUGGCGCUCAUUCUUUUUGGUGCCAUUCAGCAAGUAUGGUUUGUAUUUAAGCUGUUGUAGCUGUUGAUUUGUGUUCUCAAGUUACAAGUCGGGAUCAUUGCCGAGGCAACUAGGCAGUACAGAGGAAGAGAGAUAGAGAGGCUUGGUUUCACAAUGCUGUGUUCUCUCGACGGGGGGUGGGGAGGGCGGGGGAGACUGCAGCCCGUUCCACCAUCCGUGCCUUGGAUUUUUUACACAUUCUUAAACUUUUUAUACGUGCGUGUGUUGUGUGUGUGUGUGUGUGCGCGUGCGUGUGUGUGUGUGUGUGUACGUGCGCAAUGGCCACAGCUGAGAUUACACUUACCGUCUAACAGCGUGUGUUUGACAGCUACAGGAAGUCCCCUUUGACCCCUCGGGUGUCCCCCCCCCCUCCCCUUG